UUGAACAGUUGGUCGACGUUCGUCUUCAUUGAACCUUUUGCGCUCUGGUUUCUUCAAAUAUUUGUAUCUCGCAACGGCGGCUUACAGCCACUGGUCAUCUGCAGAAGGCCUCAUCAGCUGUUUCAUACGCUACUCUCGCCACAUAUCUUUCACGGUCAUUCAUCGAAUAUGGGAAUUAUAACGUCGUCUGAUGAAUCGAUACAGAAAUUGUUUACCUACAUUUAAGGUGACUGGCUCUGGAUUAGACUGUGACAAUGGCACAAAUGCCUUUAAGACCAUAAAAACCUUGAUGUGUAACACUAGCUAAAAUGACUUCACUUCUGACGAGGUUUUGUGCUUUUGGUCGUGAAUACUUGAUUAUCACAGGUGGAAUAAAGGAGACCACAGACUAGCAGAAAUUCGAUGAGGACCGAAGCAUGCCGAGCGCUGAGUUUUCUUCUUGGGUACUGUAUUAGAUAUUAAAUCUCUCCAGAUUAAGGGGUCGUAGAUUCUGUGAUAAAACUAUUAUCAAAUAGUUUUCAAGUUGAACAGUUCUAUAUUUAUUAUGUAUACAUCCCCCACGUUGUAACCUCUCACCUGCAGUGACGAUGGUACGUUCUUCACCAACCAAAAACGUCGAAACAUAUCAGUGAAGGCGUACGGCCGUGCUAUAUUGGGAUCUCGCAUUUUCCAAUUUGUGAAAUGUAAGCUAUGUCAGGUAAACGCGUUUUCUCAAUGCAAGGUGCAAUUAGAUGUGUACGCUAAUUCGUGACUGAUGGAUUAUGUGUAAACAUUCCAAAUUGGUUUUUCGUCUUUCCGAUCACAUGGACCAAUAGAAGGAAUUUGACGUUACUCAUUCGAUUUGCGAGCUAUUGCAUUUAAAAAAGAAUACUAUAUAGUGUGAUGGUAGUUUUGCUCUUAACUAUUACAGGACGAGCGCUUUAAACAGGAAACAUAAAUGUAAUGAAAAUAUUUACGUAGCAGGUUUAAUCAUAUUUACACACGGGACAUCUAUUCAUUGAACUGGAAAAGUUAUAUAGGAAAGCAACAGCUUUCGGUACCGGCAAACUGGAUUCGCUCCGCGAAACCAUUACGUCCCGUCUCUUCCCGAGGUCGUCUUCAUGUAGGCAAAGGCGUUCCAAACGUUCGCCCAAGAUGUCGGGAGAGGAACAGACGGGAAGAGCCGGUGCAACCGAACGCAACGAGGAGUAUGAAAGGAUGGAGAAAUGGCUGGACGACCACCCAGAGUUUACGCACGAUUACUUUGCCAGGAAGGCCAAAAGAACCAUGGUGGACGGGUGGCUGCUUGCCCAGGCUCUGUCGCACAGUCCGAACUUCAAACAACCAGAAACCAGCAAUUCCAGCGGCUCCAACUCUAGAAAUAAUUCUGGCACUAACACUCCCGUGCGGAAAAUCUCGGCGCAGGAGUUUGACCGCGGGGAUACGUUGAAUCCCAUCGUAUCGACGGUGGACGGCGCUCGGACGUUUCUCGGACCGUCGACGUCACAGACGUCGGUCUCAAGCAAAUUCCACCGACGCCCAAGAACAGAACUGAAAACUUUAGACGAAAAAGAACUUAUGUAUGAAUUAGUAAUUGACAUUUGUAAUGAACUAGAUGUCAACAGUCUGUGUCAUAAGAUAUUACAGAACGUGUGUAUUUUACUCAAUGCAGACAGGUGUUCGUUGUUUUUGGUGCACGGGCGGGAGGAUGAGGAUCGUUUCUUGGAGGCCAAACUCUUCGACGUCAGUGCUGAUACAACUUUGGAAGAAGUGUGUGAAAACAGGGAGGCGAUUAGAAUCCCCUGGGGGACGGGAAUCAUAGGUCACGUAGCGCAGACGGGAGAACUGUUGAACAUUCCGGAUGCGUACAAGGAUCCAAGGUUUAAUAAUGAAAUUGACUUGCAAAUGGGAUAUAGGACUCACAGCAUUUUGAGUACACCAAUCAAAGACUGUGAUGGGGUAGUCAUAGGCGUGGCUCAGGCUAUCAACAGAACCAACUGCAAAGAUGAACCUUUUAAUCUGCAUGAUGAGAAGAUAUUUUCCAAUUACAUGGCAUUCUGUGGAAUAGGGCUGAAGAAUGCUCAACUGUAUGAGAAAUCCUUACUAGAAAAUCGAAGAAACCAGGUCUUGCUAGACUUGGCAAGGGUAAUAUUUGAAGAACAGAACAAUGUGGCCAACUUGAUCUACAAGAUUAUGAUGCACACUCAGUCCCUUCUUCAAUGUCAGAGAUGUCAGGUCAUGCUUAUUGACGACCUCUGCAAGAAGAAUAUCAAACACUGUCCGCUUGGCAUGGGGAUUUUUUCUCAAGUGUUUGAUCUAGAGAAUACCGAUUUUGACAACAGUGAUACAUUUAACAGAGAAUGGCCUGCAGAACCUAGAUUCCCUAUUCACAUUGGCAUCUCAGGCUAUGUUGCAGCUACAGGACAAACUUUGAAUAUAGUAAACGCAUAUGAAGACAAAAGAUUUGAUCCAACAGUGGAUAUUGAUCCGAACUUUAAGACAAAGGCCAUCUUAUGCAUGCCAAUCAAGAAUGCACACGGAAAAGUUAUUGGUGUCACCCAACUGAUCAACAAGCUAGAUGGGUCCAUUUUCAACAAGAAUGAUGAAAAUCUGUUUGAGGCAUUUGCCAUUUUCUGUGGCUUAGGAAUAAACAAUACCCAGACAUAUGAAACUGUGAUGAAAGCCAUGGCAAAGCAGCGCAUUGCCUUGGAAUGCUUGUCCUACCAUGCCUCUGCUCCGGCUGAUGAAGCUCAGAGACUCAAAACCAUGGUUAUCCCUUCCACUUACGCGUACAACCUGUUGGACUUCAGCUUCAGUGACUUUGGGCUGGAUGAUGAUGACACCCUGAAGGCCAGCAUAAGGAUGUUCAUAGACAUGAACCUGCUGGAGAGGUUCAGGAUCAACUAUGAGACUCUUUGUCGUUGGAUUCUGAGUGUGAAGAAGAAUUACCGAGAUGUGACUUACCAUAACUGGAGACACGCCUUCAAUGUGGCCCAGACAAUGUUCUGUAUGCUCAAAUCUGGUCAAAUGGAUAAUAUACUCACUGAAACCGAGAAGCUGGCUCUAAUCAUCGCCUGUCUUUGCCAUGAUCUAGAUCAUCGGGGCACCAACAAUCAGUUUCAGAUCAAAACCUCCUCCCCAUUAGCAGACCUGUAUUCUACCUCCACUUUAGAGCACCACCAUUUUGACCAGUGCAUUAUGAUUCUUAGUACAAAGGGGAAUGAUAUCCUUAGUAACAUCAGGCAGGAUGAGUACGAAGAGGUCAUACAGAUGCUGGAGAACGCCAUCCUAGCCACAGAUUUAGCUCUCUACUUCAAGUUUAGGGGCGAAUUUUUCAACUUGGUAAGGAGCAGUGAAACAAACUGGAAUCGAGAUCGAGAUCGAGAUUUGCUGCGAUCAAUGAUGAUGACAGCAUCUGAUGUGUCAGCCAUUACCAAGCCAUGGGAAGUGCAGCUAAAGGUCGCUGAUCUCAUAGCCAGUGAGUUUUUUGAACAAGGAGAUUUAGAGAAAACUCAGUUGAACAUCAAACCAGCAGAGAUGAUGGACAGAGAUAAGAAAGAUAGACUCCCUGACAUGCAAGUGGGAUUCAUAGACUCAAUCUGUUUACCAGUCUACCAGGCUAUUGCAGAGAUAUCUCCCAGGCUAGAACCUCUACUAGAUGGCUGUAAAAAGAAUCGACAAAACUGGCACUUUCUGUCACAACACACCAGCAAGCAUCUUGUGGAUGAAAGCAGAAAGGAAAAUGAAAGUAAGGAUGACAGCAUCCACGAAAAUGAAGAAAUCGAGGAAGAGGCAAUGGAAAAUGAAAACAAAGAUGAAAAUUUUCAGCUUAUGGAUAUUGAAAGUAGUGAAGAAGCAGAAAACAUUCUACCCGUAGUUAGCUAAUGACUUAUUUUUAUUUUGAACCAUGUAAAUAAAUGUCCUAUUCUCUAUUUAUAAGUCCCGUAUUGUAUUUCAGUCUGUCUCAGAUGACCCUGGUUUUGUCUCAGGGUUGACUAUGGAGUAUUUAAGGGUCUCAUCGGUGGGUUGUCUGAAACAGGAGGAUAAUAAUUAUGCUUUAUAUGAAGUCCAGUGUACGCCAUGUAACUAAUCCAUUCAACCAGCCAUUGUGAUAUUUGCUAUGUUUCAUUGUAAUGCCAUUGCUGUAUUAUCGUAACAAACUAUCUGAGUUUUUUUUUAUUAAUGUUUUAUCUCAUGUGAGAAACAGACUAUGCUUUGAUAAAAAAGAAUUUGAUUAGUUUUGUUCAAUGUCAAAAUGCAAACAAGUUAAGAUUGAGAUUUCUCAAAAUAUUUGUAAUUUUACAUUCAUGCAGAUACAAUCAAUUUGGUUUCCUAGCAUUUAAAAAUAUGUAGUUUAUGUACAUGUGUUUCAAAGGUUCAUUUUUUUCUCAGGGUAGGUUAAAAAUUAAAUUUUAAUUUUCAGGUUUAAAAAAAAAUGUGCUGAGCUUUUGCGUUUUUGUGAAUUAAUUUUGGGUAUAUCAUGGUUGAUAUUACAGACUGUGUUCAGGAAAGUUUUUAAGGAGAGGGCGGAGUCAGAAAUUGUUGUCAUUAUUGCGCUUUAUAAAACCACUCUUUGGUUUCUGCCAAAUUUUGAAUAAUUCAUUUCAUGUUUAUCCAAAACUCCUUGGAUUGAACAAAUAAAUACAUUAAUAAUAUAACAUGUAAUUGAUUGAAAAGAUGUUUUCAUCAUGGUAAACAUCAUUUCACCUCAUGUUACAACUAGACAGAUAAGCUUCAAUCAUAGAAGCUUCUGCGGUUCAAAUGUAAUCUUAUUUGAAUCCAGAGAGACACUUUUCUCUAAAUCAUCAUGUAAUAUUUUUUCCUAGAUAUGACAUUUAUUCAAGCAGUCUAAAUUUUUGGGUUGGGGUUGUUUUACAAGAAUGAAUGGAAAAGUAUUGCAAAGUGUAUGGUGCUGAUUUAAUUUAUCUACCGAUGUGUACAUGUCAUUUCAUUUUCUUUGUACAAUCACUGUAAAACUUUGUUAAUUGUAAAAGCCAGUCCCAAAUUUGUUCUAAAUCAUCUCCCUAACCAUGUAUUUUAUAAAGUGGAUAUGAAAACAUUUGUGUAUCUUCUAACCGUAAUGUGCUGCUUGUGUGUACAAUUUCUUCAUGUCUUUGCAUUUCUGACUUUUAUAUGUAAUAUUUCAAAUUUCACUUUUUCUCUCUCAAUGAUUCUAUGAAACAUUUGUACUCUAUAUCUCUAUCUCUCUGUAUUUUAUGAAAUAAAUUAUUUUAUGUAAAUAUAGUAUAGAUUACUGCAAGAGUAUGUAAUUAUAUUAAUUAAUAUAAACUUGAUUUUUCAUUUAAUUUAAGUAUGUGUGUUGCAUAGACUGUUCUGUUACUAUUUGUUUUGGCAGCAGAUAUGUGGGUGUUGUAUAAAAAACUUUUGCCUUUCAUUCGGGCAUUGUGAUUUUUUUCUGUGAUAACUUCUUUUUCUUACCCUUCCCAAAUAAAACAAUCAUACAAGUC